GGCGGGUCCGGGAGACAUUGGACUGCGGACUUCCCGCGCUGGUGCUGGGGAGUUCCCGCUGUAGAGAAACCGAUGGGUGAGAGUCGGGUCGCGUCUCCAUGGCAACCCGAGGGGCACGAGAGGCCAAAGGCGCUGGGCGGACGCAGCGGGCUGGACAGGACAGCUCAGACCUCUCCAGACAGCAGCGCAGAUUAAAACUCAAGAAGAACAAGCCAGAUGUAGACAUUUCUUGGCAUGGAGAACCAAUCCCAUACUACCCCAGGAGCUUCUCCUUGUGAAGCGGAGCUUCAAGAACUGAUGGAACAAAUUGACAUCAUGGUGAGCAACAAGAAGUUGGACUGGGAAAGAAAGAUGCGGGCUUUAGAGACGCGGUUAGACCUUCGGGAUCAAGAGUUGGCCAAUGCACAGACUUGCUUGGACCAGAAAGGACAGGAGGUGGGGCUACUUCGACAGAAGCUGGAUAGUCUAGAAAAAUGUAAUUUAGUAAUGACUCAGAACUAUGAAGGACAGCUACAGACCCUAAAAGCUCAAUUUUCUAAGCUAACCAAUAACUUUGAGAAACUGAGAUUACACCAGAUGAAGCAAAACCAAGUUCACCGAAAGGAAGCCCCCAGCAAAGAAGAAAUACCCUUUGAGCUGAGCAGUUUGAACCAGAAGUUAGAGGAGUUUAGAGCAAAGUCAAGGGAAUGGGACAAACAAGAGAUCCUCUACCAGACCCACCUGGUGUCUUUGGAUGCUCAACAAAAAUUACUAUCUGAAAAAUGUAAUCAAUUUCAGAAACAGGCACAGAAUUACCAAACUCAGCUAAACGGUAAGAAGCAAUGCCCGGAGGACAGCAGCCCUGAGAUCCCUCGCCUGGUGUGUGAAUCCGAUCCUGGCUGUGAAGCCAGCCAAAGAGAUGAGUUCAUUAUUGAAAAGUUAAAGUCGGCCGUGAGUGAGAUAGCCCUGAGCAGGAACAAGUUACAGGAUGAGAACCAGAAGCUUCUGCAAGAGCUAAAGAUGUACCAAAGGCAAUGCCAGGCCAUGGAAGCAGGACUGUCAGAGGUAAAGAAUGAGUUACAGUCACGUGAUGACCUCCUGAGGAUCAUAGAAAUGGAAAGAUUGCACUUGCAUAGGGAACUGUUGAAAAUGGGAGAAUGCCAGACUGCUCAAGACAACAGGAGAAGACUUGAAUCGUCAUGUUCCCCCUCUACUAAAGAACCAGAAAGGAAAAGAAAAGAGUUGUUUUCAAUGGUCUCAGAUCAACCAAAUCAUGAAAAAGAAUUAAACAAGAUGAGAAGCCAGCUCUACCGGGAGGAAGACCGGUGCUCCGAACAGGAACGCAUGAGGAAUGAGAUCUCCGACCUCACCCAGGAACUUCAGCAGAAGGAGGUCACUAUAGCAACUGUCAUGAAGAAAGCUGCCCUUCUGGAAAGACAGCUAAAGAUAGAAUUAGAAAUAAAAGAAAAAAUGUUAACAAAGCAACAGGUCUCGGAUAUGAGAUACAAAGCAGUCCGAACAGAAAACACACACCUGAAAGGGAUGAUGGGAGACUUGGACCCUGCACGGUACUUGCACGAAGACAGGAGAAGCACCUGGAAGCACUCUCCCGUCUUCCCUGAGCGUGGUUGUGGACCCUGUGACUGCAGCACUGAUGGAUAAAAAGGGAAGAUAAAAAGUCUCCCUACCUGCCACAUUAAAAUCCUGCCCGUCAUCUCCGCCUUUUCCUUCCCUAGCAUGGGACACAAGCUGAAGCGGCUGCCAAGUGUUUGUCUGUAUACCUCCUAGGUCACCAGAGCCCUGCUGAGGGGCUUCACUCUGCUCCUGUAGGCUUUUAGCUUUGUUCACUUAUAUUAUUUGGUUUUUUAAGAACUAAAACGCACAAAGAUAUAUAAAGCAGCUGCUAAUUACCCACACCCCUUUCUCCAGCCCCACUUGGGCAGCAGAAGGCUCUGUGGCAGAAAACAAUGGCUUUUUCCUGACCAUUCCCACAGAUAAGGUGGGAGACGGAGUCUCCUACAACAUAGAUGUGAAACUCAAGCAUUGCCUGGAGCUGACCUCCAGCCGUGUGUGUGUGUGUGUGUGUGUGUGUGUGUGUGUGUGUGUGUGUACAACAGUACAAGUCAGCAAGUCCUAGGAAACUUUACACUCAUCUAAACUGCACAUAAUUGUCUGUGAAUUAACCAUAAUGUGCAUGCAGGUGACUUCAGAGCACACGUUUUCCUUGCUUCUGCCUCUCCAUGCCCUUCUUCCACAUCUUGUCCUGUGUGCCAGGCAGAUACAAUGACUCCUCGGUUUGUAUCUAUCACUUUGUGUAUUUACAUACCAUACACACAUAUAUGCUUAUUUGGGGAUUUUAUCAUAAAAAAAAAAAAAGGGUGACAGGGGUAGAAGGGAUGGCUCGGAAUUUCAGAGCAUUUGCUGCUCGUGUGUAGAUCUGAUUCAGUUCCCCACCCCCAGAUGGCAGCUCACAAUGACCUGCCAAGUUCGGUUCCAGGGUAUAUGAUGUCAUCUUCUGAUCCCCUCAGGCUCCUGUACAUAUAAGGCACACAUAUAUACACACAGAGGUACACAGAGAUACAUAUAAUUAUUUUUUAAAACCUAGGUUCACAUACCUCUACAUGCCACACUUCUAUGAGUCUUAUUUUUGUUUGCUCCAAAAUGCCUUUCCACACCAACUGGCUGAAACAUAGUCUACCCUUUAUAAUAGUUGUGUAAUAUUCCAUGGUGUUGAUAUAUCAAAAUGUAUUAGACUGUUUUUCAUAAGUAUUUUAGUCCUAGUGUAUUUGACUCUGUUUUUGUAUUUUCACCUGGAUAAAUAGGUCAUAAAACUCCCAACACGUACAUCUUGGAGCAGCUUUCUGGGGGAGGAGCCAUGCUCAUGGGACAUGUGUGUUUUAAUGUUAAUAUCAUUCUCACAGCCUGUUUCUUUUGCAGCACUGUGCUUUCUUGUUGCCAGUACUGUUGCUACAGUAACUUUUCCAACAGCACUUUGAUUCAUUCCAUUCCCUGCCAAUGGGCACGCAUCAGUUUCCUGCCGUAGCUGACAGUUUGUAACAAUAUGAAUUAGACACACUUUAUGCAUAUUUUCUCUGAUGUUAGUUUUCUUUUGCUUGUCAAUUUAUAGAAGCAUUUUCAAAGUCUAUUUUCUGUAACUUUAUAUUUUUGUGAUACAAGAAGUUUUAAACUUUGACUUGCCAAAAAUCACCCUCUCUUUAUGGAUAUAUUUGGAGCUUCCUUUUUUGGUAAUAGGGUUUUCUACACGUACGAAUAUGCUUUUGUAUUUUUUCAGUUUUAUAUUUUCCAUCCAAUUGUUCAGUCCAUUUAAAUUGUACUUUGAAAUGCAAUGUGUAAUAGCUCAGUUAAAAUUUUCAUGUAGACUAAGCUCAGUACACCGGAUUUGUUCUUAUAAUUUCCUGUGCAUUCUAUGUGGAAUUGAAUUUGUUUUUGUAUUAACUUUGAAGACAACGCCUUUAUUAUAAUAAGAUAUAGCAUGAUUCCCUAUUUCUUUAUAACACAUUUCCCAAUAAUACAAUUUUCUUUGAAUAGUUCCUGUUUCCUUUCUUUAAAAAUAUUUCCCAAGUUAUUACAAUUCUUGUCACUGUUAUAAAUGGAAUAUCUUGCUUUUAUCACAUCAAGCAGCUAAUUGCCAAUAUAGAAGAAGGUUAUUUUAUUCCUUCUAGAGCAGUGUUUCAAAACCUUCCUAAUGCUGUGACCCUUUAAUACAGUUCCUCAUGUUGUGGUGACCCCCAACCUAAAAUCAUUUCACUGCUACUUCAUAACUGUAACUUUGCUACUGUUAUGAAUCGUAAUGUAAAUAUCUGACAUUUCCAAUGGUCUAAGGCAACCCCUGUGAAAGGGUCAUUCGACCUUCCAAGGGGUCACGAUCCACAGGUUGGGAACUGCCGUUCUAGAAGGAACUUUGCUAACGGAGUUUAGCUCUCUGGCUCUCUCCUCUUUUCCUGUGCUCACCCCAAUCUCGUCAUUGUCACAACGCCCUUGCCAGGACCUCUAGGAGAGGCAUGGUAGUACUUGCUGGCAAACUUUCUAGUUUAUGACUAUAAAUGUCUCACUUUUGGAGGUUUGCUGGAUGUAAAUUUGUUUUCAAUUCAUGAUCCUGUGUCGUCCUUUCUGCCCAUUGUGAAAUGCAGCUGCUAGAGCUUGCCAGGGCCUUUGCGGCAGAGAUGACACUGAGUGAGUGUCCCCCUUGCAUUUGGUGAUGUGUCGAGACUGUGGUUGACGUAUUUCCCAGUUUUCAUCCAAAUUUGGGUUCCUGGGAUAUUCUUCCCAGUUCUAAAUUGGCUUGAUGUCACAGUGUGUUUGCUUAGAACAGCAGGGCUCUGGGAGGAGGCUAGAAGUCCCAAACAUGUCCUCAGGGCCAUGCUCCCUCUAACCUCAGUGCAGGAGGCUUCUGCACACACAUAACCCACCCCCCACCCCACCAC